GAAAAUUAGAUUGACACUCUGCCAUCUUGAGAAGAUUUUCCCUCCUUUUUUUGAUAUUAUGGUGCAUUUACCCAUUCACUUGGCAGAAGAGGCAAGAAUCGUUGGACCAAUACAUUAUCGAUGGAUGUACCCUAUUGAGAGGUAUUUGCUGACACUGAAGAAGUAUGUGCGGAAUAAAAGCCACCCAGAGGGAUCCAUUGCGGAAGGUUAUUUGACAGAACAAUUCACGACCUUUUGCACAUGAUACUUGCAUGAUGUGGAGACAAAAUUAAGUCGGCCAAUAUGUAAUUAUGAGGGUGAACAUGGAGGUCGUGCCUUAGGAAAUGGGAAGUUGUUCCUUCUUGAUAAUAUUGCAUGGGCACAGAUGCAUAGAUAUGUACUUGCCAAUUCAAAUUCAGUCGCCCCAUUUAGGGAGAAACACAUUCAGGUUCUAAAAUCUGAUAGGCAAUGAUUAAGUGAGCGUGAUCUUAUGAGAAAACAUAAUGAACAAUUUCCAGAAUGGUUUAGAGACCAUGUUCAACAUUUGGAACGAACAGAAAAUGUCAGCAUAUCCAAUGAAGUGAAAGUCUUAUCUCUCGGACCAGACAAAUGGGCAAGAAGAUAUAAUGGGUGUAUUGUAAAUGGUUUAGAUUUCACACUAAGCAGCAUGAGGAGAGAAGGAAAACUCAACACAGUGGAGUAUCAUUGACUGCAACUACCCAAAGUUAUGCAAGUUCGAGAGACAACUGCCAAAUUACUGGAGAUGUUAUUUUCUACGGAAAGUUGACAGAUAUCAUUGAGUUACGUUAUUCCAAUGAUUAUAAACUUGUCUUAUUCAAAUGUGAUUGAGUUGAUAACAAUUUUGGGAAAAAGGAAUAUGAGUUUAAGUUCACGCUCGUAAAUUUCAAGCACCUUUUGUACAAAUAGAAUCGAGCAUCAAAUGAACCAUUCAUCCUUGCAUCCCAGGCAGAACAAGUUUGGUAUGUACAAGAUCCUCUUGAGGAAGACUGACAUGUAGUAGUCAAAAUGACACCUCGAGAUUUUUAUGAUAUGCACGAGAAGGAAGCUGUGCAAGAUGAUAUAACAUAUCCUGUAGCUGAGCCAUACAAUGAUCAAUGCUUAGAGACAUAUAUGCGUGAUGAGGAUGUUCCUUGGGUUAGAGCGGAUGUGGAUGGAACAACAAUCGAUGAUGUUGGUGCUGAUUGUGUUGAUGUGGAUGACAGUGAUGAAGAAGAUAAUGAGUAUUACGAUGAUAAUAGUGAUGAUACUUAUACGGAUACUGAUGAUGUGUAUGACGACGACCUUGAUUAGUUGUUAUUUGAGAAAUUUCAAUUCUUUUAGUUCUCUUAAGUUAUUAGAUUCAACUUCGUUCAGUUUCACUUACUAAAAUUAGUGAAAUCACCUUUCAUUUGGUCAAGUCUUGUUUGCAACAUGUUGCAACUUGAUUUUGUUAUCUUUGUCUAUCCUACUUUAAGUUUUAUGGAGCCUCUUUUUAUCAUUUAUGGAUGUUCUAGAAAUUCAUUUUCCAUGUAGUCAACCCUUGACAUUUUCUUACUACAAGGCACUUGCCACUGCACUAUGCCUGAAGUGACCUAUUGUCACAUUUCAUUUCAUCUCUUGAUUUUUUUUCUGUCAUGUGUAGAGGUGUGAAAGAUGCCCAAAGAUGGUAAAAUAUAUGUGAAGCCUCAGUCCUUGGCCCAAAAGAAUAUGACAGGAUAUGACAAGGUAAAACAAGAAACAAUGGAAAGAAACAAUAAGGUUAUGAAUGCCUUGGGGUUAAAGAGCAUCCCAUAUCUGUUUUGUUUGAGCCAACCUACCAAAGAGGGCAAGAGCAAUGUGGAUGGUGAUGAGUCUGAUGAGGACUUUCAUCCACCCGAGAAUGUAGAAGGGCUGCAUUUUUCCAGUGAUGAUGACGAGGUUCAUGGAUCUCAAAAGAAAAAGAAACAGAGGACUGUGACAAAGAAGCAAUCUCAUUGGCUAGUUGGGGCCAUGGCUGAAACUUUGCAGCCCAUAUCUACCACUAGUCAAUUGCAACCAUCACCAAACAUUGUUCAAACGCAAGCAACAGCAGCUACGCCUCCACCAAUUGUGACAAAAAAGUUUCCUCGCAACCGCGCUGGAGCCAUGACUGCAACUUUACAACCAUCACCUAGUCAAUUGCCGCCAUCACCAUUGAUUGAUCAAAUGUAGCCACCAACAGUCAACAAUCAACCAUAGCCUCCACCAACUGUGCGAAAGAAGCAAUCUCGUUGGCCAGUUGGAGCCAUGGCUGAAACUUUACAACCUGUACCUACCACUAGUCAAUUGCAGCCAUCACCAAACAUUGUUCAAGUGCAACCAACAAUAGCUACGACUCCACCAAUUGUGACAAAAAAGUUAACUCGCAGCCGCGUUGGAGCCAUGGCUGCAACUCUACAACCAUCACCAAGUCAAUUGCUGCAAUCACCGUUCAUUGAUCAAAUGCAGCCAUCAACAGCCACCAAUCAACCACAGCCUCCACCAAUUGUGACACAAAAGGUUCCUCGCCGACCUGCUGGAGCCAUGGCUAGAAC